AUGGAAUUCAAUUUCAUUGGAGACGAUUAUGGGCCAUUAUUUCACUAUCAGUACAGAAUAAUCAUCAUUGGUGACUCUACUGUCGGCAAAUCCAGUUUAUUGAAAUAUUUUACUGAAGGAAAAAUUGCGGAAAUUAGCGAUCCAACAGUUGGGGUUGAUUUUUACGCACGGAUGGUAGAGCUGAGACCUGGUUUCAGAGUAAAACUGCAGCUAUGGGACACAGCUGGACAAGAAAAGUUUAGAUCAAUAACAAGAUCAUAUUAUCGCAAUUCGGUUGGUGUUAUGUUAGUUUACGAUAUAUCAAAUCGCACUAGCUUUGAAAAUAUUAAUGGUUGGUUGCACGAGGCCGAAGCUAACAUGGGAGGACCAAAUCCGGGGAAGUGUGUUUUCCAGUUGAUAGGACAUAAAUCUGAUAAUCAGUGCGAACGGCGGGUAGACUACGAAGAGGGUGAAUAUUUUGCCAAAUACCACAAGAUGAAGUUCAUGGAGACAUCAGCAAUCUCGGGGAAGAAUGUAUUUGAUGCGUUCCUAAUGAUAGCACAAGAGAUAAAUAAGCGCGUUGAGGAGGGAUUUCUUCGCCCCACUGAUGGAUGGGAAGGUGUCAAAGGAGGACUGAUGCGAAGUCAGUCCAUAAGCCUCUCAGAUAAGGAUUUGACUCCACGAGAUCAGUCUUGUUCGUGCUAG